AUGACUUCUCAUUCACGAGAUUACAACGCCCGGUCUAUAGACUUGGGAAGUCUUAAGAAGCCGGAACCUUUACAAUUCAAAAUGACGGAUUUUCGUCGUGAUCUACAAAUACGGAGUAAACGGGAACAGCACGCGCGAAAGGAAAGAUUAAGGAGCCUGUCGGAAGCAAAACACCUGUCAAAAAAUGCUGUGACGAUCGACACGUCUCGUGGUAGAUCCAACAUUGAGGUCCUCAGGCUGUGUAUAAAGGAACUCGGAUUCAGAGAGUUCCCAUUUGGUCGUCGUGAAAAUUUGACAUGUGACAUACAUUGGCAUGCCUGCAACUUUGAUGAAAACCCAGAAGUCUACAAUGGUGCUGUCAACAAGUUUCCAGGAAUGGGAGACAUCUGUAGCAAAAUGUCUUUGUUCCGAAGUUUAGACACGAUGAAGGAGCUGUUUCCAGCUGAAUAUGACUUUUACCCUCGGACGUGGUACCUACCUGCUCAAUAUCUGGAGUUUAGCGCAGAGCUGCGUAAACUCCAUGAAAAGAGAGUGAAACCCAAGCCAACUUUCAUUGUUAAGCCUGACACGGGAUCACAAGGUGACGGAAUAUAUCUUAUGCGAGACCCACAUGAAUACAACCCGAAUAACGGUAAAUCCCAUGUAGUGCAGGAGUAUUUGAGCAAUGUGUACCUCAUCAAUAAUUACAAAUUUGACCUAAGGGUUUAUGUGGUGCUCAAGUCCCUGGAGCCCCUACAGAUCUACAUCUGUAAGGAAGGACUCGCCAGGUUCUCUACAGUGCAAUAUGAAACCCCCACAAAGGGAAACAUUCACGAAACUUUCAUGCAUUUGACAAAUUAUUCCUUAAACAAACGUAGUGCCACAUUUAAUCGUUCAGAGCGAGAGGAUGACGGGAGCAAACGAACAUUAACUAGUGUGCUGCGACGUAUCGGAAUCAACGGUCAUGAUACAGAUAAAGUUUGGACCAACAUUGAAAAGUGUGUGUGUAAAACUGUUAUUGCCAUACUGCCAGAGCUUAAAGUAGAGUAUCAGGCCACCAUCCCACCCAACAAACCAGGACCUCGCUGCUUUCAGAUCCUUGGGUUUGACAUCCUACUACUUGAUAACCUAAAGCCAAUCCUACUGGAGGUGAACGCUAGUCCCAGUCUCAGUAUUGAUGGCGAGCAGGAAGUGUCACCAGGUGUGUUUGAGUAUGUUACAUGUGCGCUGGAUGAAAUGGUGAAGCGACCCCUUGUGAGAGACGCUCUUUUGUUGAUGUCACCUGUCAACAAGCUUAAGUCUGGAUUCAUGAACAAAAGACGAAGGCGGAAGAGAAAGAAGGGAGGCCACUCUAAUGGGAAUGGCUGCCCUGAGCCUGUACAGCACCAGAGGACGCACAUCCUGAUAAUUAAAGCAGACGAGUCUGAUGAGGAGAAACGAGAGGUAGACGUCACUCAGCAGAUGUCGGAACUCAACAAUGAACUGGAUUUCACCAGGCAUGAGAAAGAAGAAGAAGAUUUCCUGGACAGCCACACAGAAGACGAAAAUCUAAAUGACGAUGAAAAAUUUGUGAAAAUUUUGGAAAAGUUAGCAAAAGAGAGCUGCCUGAAGCAGUUGUACCCUGCCAUCUACGAUGAGGCAUUUGAACGACUGAGGAUUCUUGAGCGAGUUGCCAAUCUUUUCAUCAGUUUUCUAGGGGUCAGGGGGUCACUAAGGAUUGGUCCUACAGGUUUUCGUACCUUUGCAAGGAAGUGUCGACUGUGUAGGCGGGGCAUCACCAACGCAGCAGUGGAUAUUAUGUACAUAGACAUGCAGCGACGCUGGGACCACAUGAACCCUGAUAGGACAUCUGCCAUGUCAGAGAAAAAGUCCAAGAGUACAGUAGGAUUAUGUUUCCAAGGAUUUCUUGACUCGUGUCUGGAAAUUGCACGAAGGAAAUUUCCUGGUCCAUCAAAGAUAGAAAUGCUUGAAACACUGGUUGACUUUUGUGAAAAUAGUUUAAGUCAUCAUGAUGAUGAUGGUAAAAUGCCUAACCUUCCCAAACUUCACUUCCGGCGCCUUGGCCUGGCGUAUCGUCCAGCUGGUUUUCAGGUGCAUCGCAGGUCAACAGACUGUAUGACUGAGGAGACAGUGCAGGAACUGUACUCUGCUGAGAGUCACUCAUCACAUCACCCAUCUGAAGAGAUUGAAAACUUUCUGCGUCAACGAAGAAAAAAUGCUUACCAGCCUACAUUGAUGAGAUACAUGACCCGCGUCUCCCUUGUACAGUCACCAGAAUAA